GCGGUUCCCUCCCCUCCGGUCGUGAUGCAGUGAACCUGCUCUGCGCAGAACCGCGCACGUCGUAUAAAAGCGGCUGCGCUCGCACAGGCUGGAGUACAAACAGCGAGAGGGACACACGCGCAAAGAAAGUCGCCGCAGCUCGUCAAGCGCAACCGAACGCAGCACAGGCGCAGACAUGCGGGCCACGAAGAGCGGGACCUACUGGAGACUUUUCCUCUUGUCCUGCGCGCUCCUGGAGAGCUCGUCUCAGGACUUCGGCGGCGGACAGACGCAGUUCAUUUGCACCUCCGUGCCCAAGGAUAUGGACAUAUGCGCGGCCACCCUGCAGAACAGCGUGCCGGGGGAGGACCUGAAGAACACGGUCAUGCAGCUGCGGGAGACGGUUCUGCAGCAGAAAGAGACGAUCAUGAACCAGAAGGAGACCAUCAGGGAGCUGACCUCAAAGUUGGCCCGGUGCGAGAGCCAGAGCGGCUCCGAGCCCGGGGACGCGCGGCCCGGGGGCCGGAGGAAAGAGGCGGGCACCAAAAACACGAUGGGGGACGUGUCGAGGGGCCCCGCGGACACUUUGACGCAACUGUCGCAGACUUUACAGUCGCUGAAGCAGAGGUUAGAAAACCUGGAGCAAUUCAGCAGAAAUAACAACUCGGUGCAGGCGAACAGCCUCAAAGAUCUGCUCCAAAGUAAAAUCGACGACUUGGAGAAGCAGGUGUUGUCCCGGGUGAACAGCAUCGAGGAGGGGAAGCCCGGACUCCGGAACGAGACGGAGCAGCGCGGGAGAGUGGAGUCCACCCUCACCUCCCUGCACCAGAGGAUCACCGACCUGGAGAAAGGUCAGAGGGAAAACAGGCCGCUGGAUAAGUUCCAGCUCACCUUCCCGCUGAGGACCAACUACAUGUACGCCAAAGUCAAGAAGAGUCUGCCGGAGAUGUACGCGCUCACCGUGUGCAUGUGGCUCAAGUCCAACGCGUCCCCCGGGGUGGGGACACCGUUCUCCUACGCGGUGCCGGGACAAGCCAACGAGCUGGUCCUCAUCGAGUGGGGGAACAACCCGAUGGAGAUCCUGAUAAAUGACAAGGUCGCCAAGCUGCCGUUUCUCAUCAACGACGGGAAGUGGCACCACAUCUGCGUGACCUGGACCACGCGGGACGGGGUUUGGGAAGCUUUCCAAGAUGGCGUGAAGAGGGGCAGCGGGGAAAACCUGGCUCCGUAUCAUCCCAUCAAACCUCAGGGGCUGCUGAUCCUGGGCCAAGAGCAGGACACACUCGGAGGAGGCUUCGACGCCACGCAGGCUUUCGUCGGUGACCUGGCCAACUUCCACAUCUGGGACCGGAAACUAUCCGUGGGGGAGAUUUACAACCUGGCCACGUGCAGCAGCAAAGCGCAGGUGGGCAACGUGUUCGCGUGGAUGGAGACGAGCCUGGACAUUUACGGCGGCGCCUCGAAGUGGACGUUUGAGGCCUGUCGCCAGCUCAACUGAGCCGCGUUGGAGACGAUGGGGGGGUUUGUUGUUUCAGCCGAAGCCACCGCUGGCGUCACGGCGCCUCGUCCGGACGGACGACUUCAGACUCCUGGGACACUCCCGGGGCUGGUAGAGAUAUUUGAAAAAAAAAAUAAAACAAACAAACAUCAUUUGAUAGAUUAUUUUCCGCAGGAUUCUCGAGCGGGACAGUGAAGACAGAGACACAUGCUGCGGGUGCUGCGGGCGCGCGUCCGUGGUUUCAGGCGACGCGUCUCCGCGCAGCGCGGAGCGGAGGCCGCCGCCGCUCGCGGAGGAACAAGCGACCGAGCGGAGGGAGGGAGGGAGGGCAGCUUUUAGGGAACAGAUGUCACACGAUUCAACUAAAUGACUCCUUCAAAAAUUGUGUUUGGUGUCUCGACUGCCAGGGAUUUUCACUGUGAAGAAAAGGGGCCGAGCGGACUUUCUUAAACCGGAAUGCGCCCUUGGAGACGCCGUCGUUUCUCUUGUCACUCUUCUCUCUCUGCCACCACCCGCUUGACGUGAUGUUGUGUGAAGAAUGGCGUGUAAUUUUAUCAUUUUAGGUUGUUUUUUUUCUUGCCAACAUGCGAGCCUGAGUGCCUUGGGCUGUGGAGGGAGAUCUCAGCACAUCCAUCGUCAUCCGCAGCGUGUUGGUGUUUCUUUCCCCGUAGAUCCGUUUCUCUAAAGAGGUGUUUGGUGCGUGGGGCUUUUGCGUGGAAGGGGCCGGGGCUGCAGAUGCUUGUUCUUCAGUGGGAAUGUUCUCUGUACAGUAACAGCAUGUCUUAACUUCUGUAAUGCUGCGUCAGCAUCUAUGAUCUUUGACGUUUGGGUUGAGAUUUUAUACUGUAUUGGUUUAUGCUUAAAGCAUGGCAGCACCGACAGAUGGAAAGAAAAAAAGUUCUAGUUUUUGUAAUAAAUUGUGAUACUUGAAUCAUA